UUAAAGGGUGGGGAAACAUUUUUCUUUCUCUACAAAAUAUAAAAAGAUUUAUCUGUAUGUACAUAUAUAGUGAUUUCUUUAUUGUAUGUACCUAAUACAAGCAUAAUUCACCAGUUAUAUACUCUUGUUUAGUUAGUGGUGGAAGUAUUAUGAAGUGGAACACCACAUCAUGGACGCUGAUCAGCUCGAAGCAUAUAACCCGUGACUCGAUAAAUGCCUUUAAUGUUUCAGCCGACGGAAAAUACCUAGCUGUUUAAGAACUCCUUGUUUUUUGCAUGAAGGACAUUUGAUAACUUGUUCAAGGUUUUUUUAGUGUGGAAGUCAGAUUGGUUAGCUGUUUUAGGUAUCUGUAUGUCAUCAUAUAUGCAGAGAAUCCGGUGGAUACACUUGAAAAUUUUGACUAUUUUUACACUUAGAUAAGCUGACAAACUGAUGACAGUAACCAUGUAUCAUGUUUUUUCAAUGUCUAUCUGUUAUUUACUUAAGCUGGAACUUCUAUAAUAAUAGAGAAUAAGCUUACGAUGGCUUAAGUGACCGUGUUUAGGAUCACGAUAUUUUGCUCUUAAAUGAUAGGUCACGGGAGAAUGAAAGAUUAAUGCUCGUCUUUUCUGUGUGUGUGUGUGUGUGUGUUAAUCUCCUAUGCAGUCCUCUAGUAAGCAUGAUUUAUAGAAACUGGUCUGAAGGAACAAGUAUGUGCUGUAAAAUCUUUUAUCGGGGAUAUAUAUGUGGUGGUCAUAUUUCAUGAUUUUUUUUUUCUCUAGAUAAUGAGCUAUUGCCCCACUAAUUUAGUGUUAUUUUCUAUUUUAGUAAAAAACAAUAACAAUAAAACACAAAGUUGCACUUGACGAACUCAUUUGGGUUAACAAAUUAACAUUUCCUUUUGUUUCUUUCUGUAUGGUGAUUGUUCAACUUGCAGGGGGACAAUGGAAGGCGACAUAUUAGUUUUACAUUCUUCCAGUAUGCGGUUACAUACAGCAGUUAAGAAAACUCAUCUUGGCAUAGUUACAUCCCUGAUGUUUUCACAUGAUUCAAGGGCUCUUUUGUCAACAUCUUUUGAUUCAAGUGCAAGAGUGACACUAGUUGAAGAUAAGAAGGAAAGAGGAUUAAGCUUGUGGGUCAUCUUAUUCAUGAUAUUGCUAGCGAUAGCCGUGUAUUACACAAAAUUGGCAGAAUUGCUUUCGUAGAGCACUCCUACUGCUUGAAAAUGUGUGGAAUAUCUUCCAAGUGGAUCAUGAUAUUUUAAUUCUUCUGUCUUUAAAUUUACCAGUUAUAUACUCUUGUUUAGUUAGUGGUGGAAGCGUGAAUGGACAAGGUAGCCCAACCAAAGAUUUAUAAACUAUCUUUUUAAUUUCAUGAGCCCAAAUUGAAAAAGCCCAAUUAGCCGCCUAUAUAAUCAUAACACAUUACCCUAUCAAAUCCGCAUUGUCCUACAAGCCACAAAUCCGCAGCCUAUAUAAUCAUAACACAUUACCCUAGCUAUCAAACCCACUUUGUCCUACAAGAUACAAAUCCGCCGCCUAUAUAUAAAACCAGUUAAAUUUGGUUCAAGAAAUUACAAAUCAAUGGAAACUUCCAACAAUGGGCACCAACUAUUAGUUGAAGAGUCUAGCAAUCACCUAGGUCAAUCAAGCUAUCAAAUGAUAUUAGAGGAUGGUUAUUCAGAAUUAUCACUCAAUCAUCCUUCUAUUGGUCAGGUAAUCCAACUUACACCACUAAUAUCCUCUUUUGUGUCUUUCAAUAAUUCAUUAUUUAUAACAUGAUGCAAAUACUCUUUAUCCCCUUUAAA